AAAGCUGUGGUGUAAUUUUCUGUUGUCCUUGUCCCAGAUGUAAUCUUCCAGAAGGAGCAGUUUGCUGCCAGAGACACAGACCCCAUGCACAACCUCUCUGCUCAACCCUGGCAAGCGAAGAUGGCCAACCUGACCUACGACAACUUCACCCUGGGCAACCGCUCCGAGGUGGCCAUCCAGCCCCCCAGCAACUACAAGACGGUGGAGCUGGUGUUCAUCGCCACGGUCACCGGCUCGCUCAGCCUCGUCACCGUGGUGGGCAACAUCCUGGUGAUGCUGUCCAUCAAGGUGAACCGCCAGCUCCAGACUGUCAAUAACUACUUUCUCUUCAGCCUGGCUUGUGCAGACCUUAUCAUUGGGGUCUUCUCCAUGAACCUCUACACGGUCUACAUCAUCAAAGGCUACUGGCCGCUGGGGGCCGUGGUGUGUGACCUGUGGCUGGCCCUGGACUACGUGGUAAGCAAUGCCUCCGUCAUGAACUUGCUCAUCAUCAGCUUUGACCGCUACUUCUGUGUCACCAAGCCUCUGACCUACCCUGCCAGGAGGACCACCAAGAUGGCAGGGCUAAUGAUCGCAGCCGCCUGGAUAUUGUCCUUCAUUCUCUGGGCACCUGCCAUCUUGUUCUGGCAGUUCAUUGUGGGCAAGAGGACAGUCCCCGAGAGAGAAUGCUACAUUCAGUUCCUCUCCAACCCGGCAGUGACCUUCGGCACGGCCAUUGCUGCUUUCUACCUGCCCGUGGUCAUCAUGACGGUGCUGUACAUCCACAUCUCCCUGGCCAGCAGGAGCAGGGUGAGGAGGCACAAGCCUGAAAGCAGGAAAGAAAAGAAAGGCAAGUCCCUCAGGUUCCUGAAGGGCCCCGUGAUCAAACAAAACAACAAUAACUCCCCCAAGAAGGCCGUGGAGGUGAAAGAGGAGGUGAGGAACGGGAAAGUGGAUGACCAGCCCUCAGCACAGACAGAGGCCGCUGGCCACCAGGAGGAGAAAGAGACCUCCAAUGAGUCCAGCACAGUCAGCAUGACCCAGACCACGAAAGACAAGCCCACAGCAGAAAUCUUGCCAGCGGGGCAAGGACAGAGCCCAGCCCCACCCCGAGCAAACCCAACUUCCAAGUGGUCCAAGAUUAAGAUUGUCACCAAGCAAACCGGGACCGAGUGCGUAACAGCCAUCGAGAUUGUCCCAGCCAAGGCAGGAGCCUCUACCCACAACUCCCUGUCCAACAGCCGCCCGGCCAAUGUGGCCAGGAAGUUUGCCAGUAUCGCCAGAAGCCAAGUGCGGAAGAAGCGCCAGAUGGCAGCCCGGGAGAAGAAAGUCACCCGCACCAUAUUUGCUAUCCUCCUCGCCUUCAUCCUCACAUGGACUCCGUACAACGUGAUGGUCCUCAUUAACACCUUCUGUGAGACCUGCGUGCCCGAAACGGUGUGGUCCAUUGGCUACUGGCUCUGCUAUGUCAACAGCACCAUCAACCCCGCCUGCUACGCCCUCUGCAAUGCCACUUUCAAGAAAACCUUCAAGCACCUUCUCCUGUGCCAGUACAGGAACAUUGGCACAGCCAGAUAA